UUCCAAGGUUUCUCUCCUUUCUCGAAGCAAAUAAAUCCCCAUUCCUUGAAUCGACACGACAAAGCUCUCUCCCACUCUACUCCAAUUUCCUGCUAGGGUUUCUUUGGAUACAAGAAGGUACUUUUGUGAGUUCAACAUCUUCAAUUUUGACUUGUAAUGAGUUCUCAAUUCUCAUCCCAUGUCUCAUUUUGCUAGAUUUUCCUUGUAAUGUACACUUCAUUUCAUUUUUUUUCAUACAGAUCAGAUCCAUAGUUUGUUGUCCUCAUGGUAGUGACGAGUUUACUCCCAUCCUGCCCGAUCCUACCCCUACCACAAUGCAACCACUCAAAAAUUAACUUCUCAUACAGAUAUUCAGUUCCCAUUAGGUACAAAAAACGAAUCAUUAAGAGCUACAUUCAACGACCUCCGAUAUUGGCACCUUCUAAUAAUGGAGGGGCAUUUGAAGAUGCUCUUCGAGUUUUUGUACUUUCGGAUUUGCACACGGAUUAUUCAGAAAACAUGUUUUGGGUUAAUAGAUUAUCAACCAAAAGAUACAGGAAAGAUGUUCUCCUGGUUGCCGGUGAUGUUGCUGAAACAUACAAUAACUUCGUCUUGACGAUGUCCGUUUUGAAAGAUCGGUUUAAACAUGUCUUCUUUGUACCUGGGAACCACGAUCUUUGGCGCCGAUCCAAGGGAGAGAAGCAUCUUGAUUCACUUGAAAAGCUCAAUAGAUUGCUUGAUGGAUGUAAAAGACUAGGGGUUGAAACCAGUCCGAUGAUGGUGGAUGGACUAGGGAUCAUUCCUUUGUUCUCUUGGUACCAUGAGAGUUUCGAUAAAGAGAAGGACAUCACAGGCGUUCGUAUUCUAUCCUUGGAGAUGGCGUGCAAGGACUUCCAUGCAUGCAAAUGGCCUGAUGAACUUUCAAGCAAAGAUGUAUCUCUUGCUCUUUACUUUGAUGCUAUGAACGAGCAGAAUCAACACAAAAUUGACGAAAUCCAAAGAAGCUGUAACCAAAUAAUAACCUUCUCCCACUUUCUUCCAAGACAAGAGCUUUGUCCAGAAAAACGAAUGUUGUUCUACCCAAACCUACACAAGAUCAUUGGAUCAGAUAGUUUGGAAGUGAGAAUUAGGUCAAUACAUGGAACGGAUGGGAGUCCCUCUGCCUGCCAUGUCUUCGGCCAUACUCAUUUCUGCUGGGACGCUGUCCUUCAAGGAAUCAGGUAUAUUCAGGCACCACUGGCUUAUCCUAGGGAGAGAAAGAGGAGAAUGAAUGGCGGUGAAGACUGGUUGCCGUUCUGCAUAUAUUCCUCUGCUAAAGCUGACCAAGGUAUUGGAAGUCUCAGUGAAAAAAUGUCAGCCUGUUAUUGGUCUGAUUACUAUUCUAUCAAUACUAGACAACCUGAUAACACUGAACUUGCUCCUUGGGUUGCUAAAUUGUAUGCUAAACGAUCCUAAUUCUGAGGCCAUGGCCAUCAGCCCAUCACUAUGUCCUCUAGUUCCAUCUAGGUGAUGAUCCAGGAAACUCACCUGACGCUCUUGUAUAGACUAAUCAUCAAAAAAAAAUCUUAUCCGCAGUUUGUAAACCUUGAACUGAACCUUUUUAACUUGUGUUGUAAUCUUCUGAAGGUCCAUUAAGAUUCUUACCGGCAGUUCUGUAAACUUUGAACUGAACAUUUUUUUUCUUGUUUUGUAAUCUUGUGAAGGUCCAUCCAAUAUAUAGACUUCCUAUCUAUUGAUUUGAGGUUGGACUUUUUCACUUUUUCA